AAAGAAAGAACGAAUUUAUUAGAAAUAUUUAGAGAAAUAAAUUAUAAAUAUUGUAUGUAAGUAAUAAAAAACAUUAAUUAUUUUAAAUAUCGCGCACUAAAAGUUUAAAUUAUUUUCAGUGAUUGUUUACCCGGGAACAUUCGCCUUUCUUUUAAUAGUAUUUAUACCAGAUAUUCUCGACAAAAUAAUGCCAUUAGACGAACCUCGUCCACGACAAUUUCCGAUCCAUAUAGAAAUGUUUUUCGAUAAAGAGAGAUAUUUUUACUAUAUCUCAAUUUUAUUUAUAGUAGCCGCUUUUUUGGGUAUGACGGUACUCAUGGCAACGGAAACUAUGUAUAUGACAUUUCUGCAGCAUGCUUGUUGUCUGUUCGAACUCAUUAGCCACCGUUUAACAUAUGCGUUCAAUACAUAUUUAUCAAGAACAACACCUUUAAAAACGAAAUGCAAAUUUUGCACUAAACUAUUCAACGCUUUUAUCACUCAUCAACAUUGUUUAGAAUUUAUUGAGGAUAUGCAGCGUGGAUUUUCAUCAUCUUAUUUUGUUUUAUGUAUAUUCGGUGUGGCAUCGUUAAGUAUUAAUAUGUUUCGCGUGAGUAUUGAACAUAAAGAUCAAAGUAACACCAAAUUACAAUAUAUGUCCCAAAAUUUCUGGACGUUUUUUUAAUAGCCGAUUUUUUGGCCAAUAGGGAAUCAAUUUUUCCUAAGCGAAAAUGUCGAGAAAAAUCAUCAUUUUUUCCAAAUUUCCAAUUUUUUUUAUCAUAUAACUUUGUAAUUAAUUGUAAGCCACAAAUUAAAAUUCUCUCUCUCUCUCUCUCUCUCUCUCUCUCUAUUUAAGUUAAUUCCAUCUGCAAUUAACUGAAGAAUAUAAUUUGGUUAACCAAUCGACUUUUCCACUUAGAAAAGAAUCAUAUUCAAAUUAGUCAAAUCUGAUACUAAAAAGGCAUUCGGUAUUUCGAGACAUAUAUGCUAAAAUAUUAUACAGAUAACUCUUGAUAUAUAUAACAUUAAAUUUGUCGGUCACAGCUUCUUAAUGCAGUCACAAUACAUAAUAUAGUCGAGGCUAUUUUAAUCGGUUUAUUCGUAUACGCUCACUUCUGUUAUAUAUUCUGGAUGAAUUAUUUUGGACAGGAUAUGAUCGACCAUAGCGAAUGUUUUUUCCAACAGAUGUGAGUGCAUUUUAGACGGC